AUUAAAUCCCAAAUGAACCAAACUACCCUGAGUAAGUAGUGCAUGCUGUUCAAGUUGGUCACCUACACAUAACAAAACUCUGUCAUCUAGUUUAUCAGCAUUUGAAAAUAUAUUAACAAUUCCACUUGGGCAAAAAUUACCCAUCUGAACUCAAUCCUGGUCACUUUCAUGUAGUUUAAUAUUGGAAUGUUGUUACUUGUACACAUAGGUUGGUCACCAACAAGAGGCUUGAUUCCUCUUCUAUAAGUCCCCUAUAUAAAUCUCCCACUCAUUACAUUUUUCUCCAGCAAAUUCACUUAUCUGAAUCUUUCAGUCCCUACAUUCAUUCAUAACAUUCCCACUCUGUAAUCAACCAUCGAUGGCGCUUCAGAAAACCAGUUUAGCCCUCAGUAUGGUCGUAGUGGCUAUUCUCUGGACCGGAUCAACAGCUCAAACAGAUUGCACCAACACGCUAAUCAGCUUGUCCCCUUGCCUCAGCUUUAUUAGAGGAAACGUCUCCAAACCAGAUUCAGGGUGCUGCCCGCAGCUUAGUAGUGUUGUUAAGUCAAAGCCAGAGUGUUUGUGUCAAGUACUUAAUGGUGGUGGAUCAACUCUUGGUGUACAAGUUAACCAAACUCAGGCUCAGGCCUUGCCCGCUGCUUGCAACGUUCAAACUCCACCUCUCAGUAGCUGUGACGGUGGCACUCCAACUAAAGGAACGCCUUCAGGCCCCGGAUCCAACAGCACACCAUCAAAAGACAGUGGUACCUCAGAUGGAAGCUCUACUAAAUUGGUGGCACCUUUGCUCUUCUUUCUUCUUUUUGUCGCAUCAUAUGCUUCUACCUUCACCAUAUGAUCAAGUCACCCAAUCUUUCCAGUAAAAAUAUAGAGGCGAUUCGCCAUAUUUUCUAUUAUUUAUUCUCCUUUUGUGCCGAUUUAUACAUGGAGUUGCAGGACGCAUAUCUGUCUAGCAUCUCCACACCUUUCUGUAUAAUGUAUUCUUUGAUGACCCUUCUUUUGGUCAUUAUAACAUUUGAUGAAUAUAUGGGACUAGUUUUUUAGUCA